CAUCAGCAUCAUCACCUCUCUUACUGAAGCUUAUGUGAGCUCUCAAAGUUUGCUCCUUUAUGAAUCUCUCUCCAUGACCAAGACAAAAAGGUCCCCAUUCUUUGUAGAGAACUUUGAGCUUAACAAAACCCUAAUAUUUGAUUCCCGAUUCCCGACCCAAUUCAUGGACUGCAAGCCCAUUUCUACCACAGCCACCGCCACCAUCAAUACUCCAGAUACAGACACUGAGCUCAUCCCCACAUCAGACCCCAAAUCUGGCGCCUUUAGGUCCUUAUCCUUCAACAACGGCCCACUCAAGCCCCGCCACCCACUUCCUCCGCCGCCUCAUACGGCGGUUGUGUACCGAGAAUGUUUGAAGAACCACGCGGCCAGCCUCGGCGGCCACGCCCUCGACGGCUGCGGUGAGUUUUUCCCCAGCCCCAUUUCCAACCCCGCCAACCCCACCUCGCUAAAAUGCGCCGCCUGCGGCUGCCACCGUAACUUCCACCGCCGCGACGCGCCUGACGAACCACGCGCGUUCACUCCUCCAAAGGCCUUUCUCGUCAGCCCUACUCCUCACCACCGCCUUCUUCCUCCGCCGCCAGCUCAGCACAGCUCAAGCCCAAGCCCAAGCAGGAGCACGAGCCCGGGCCCAAGCACCACGUUGAGCCCGCACUCUCCGCCGCCGGUCUCGCACGUGCCGCCCUCCUUCUUCGGCACACCGUCCCAGAUGCUCCUCGCCCUCAGCUCCGCCGCGUUUACCGCGCCACCACCGUCGGAUGAGAAGGUCCGGAAUCCGACAGCUGGGAAGACGGGGAGGAAGAGAUCGAGGACCAAGUUCAGCCAGGAGCAGAAGGACAAGAUGUUCUGUUUUGCUGACAAACUAGGCUGGAAACUGCAGAGGAGCGAAGAGAAGUUCGUCGAGGAUUUCUGCGACGGGAUUGGGAUUGGUCGGAACGUUUUUAAGGUUUGGAUGCAUAACAACAAGCAUCACAUGAUGAAGAAGCAGAGGUUGUUGUCGUCGGCCGGGUUGAUCAAUGACGGUGACGACGGCGGUGAUGCCGGCGGAGGAGCGAGCUUUGAUUCCACUGCUGAGGAGAACAACAACAACAACAACAACAACAAUGUGAAUGUCAUUAUCGACUCCCACAAUGAAAGUAGCAGAGAUCACCACCACGACCACCAAAGGUUUUAUCUUUCCAACAAUGGGUCCUCUUCUUCGUCUUGAAAUCAUUGAGAGUUAGAGUUAGCUUGAGAGCUUGGAGAGGUUUCGAUGCUCCUUUUGUUUACUGGUUUUCUUGGUAGCUUGUUAAUGGUGUUUACUGACUAGUGCUUUGGUGAGGAAUGAGGAUUGAGGAAGAGAACAGAGGCUAAUUAACAGUUAAAGACAGAAUUAAUCAUUGUUAAUGCAAGUUUAAUUUCUACUUAA